GCGAUACGAUAAUAGUAUGAUUUCAUACAUGCACUUAUAACAACUCAUGUUAUAUAUUGUUAUUUUUGUGUUAGCAUACGAUUUUAUAGACUCAUUGCUACCGGUACAAAACAAUGAAUUUAGAGAGAUAAAGUGCCUUAAUGGCCUGUGGAAAUUCAAGGUCCUUCCAUCACUUAAUACUACGAUUGGUUUUGAUCAAAAUUGGUAUGAUUACCCCAUGAAGAAUUUCAUAUUGAUGCCUGUACCCUCGAGUUACAAUGAUAUAACGCUGGAUUCAAAUAUUCGCAACUUCUUAGGUUGGGCAUGGUAUCAAACAGAGAUUUAUAUUCCACCAUCAUGGAUUACAGAAUAUAAAUACUUAUCUUUAAAUAAUAUCGAUCAUGAAGAAAAAGCAUCAUUCAAAUAUAUAUUGAGAUUUGAAAGUGUUAAUUACUAUGCCAUGACUUGGAUUGAUGGUGUUCUAAUUGGAUCUCAUGAAGGUGGACAUUUACCUUUUGAAUUUGACAUAUCAAAUUUUGUUAUAACAUCCAAAAUGGCACCUCAUCUUCUCACCGUGGCCGUUAACAACACGCUUACUCACUUCACUAUCCCCCAGGCUGAUAUCCAUCGAAGUGAUUUUACUUCUGCCUUUGAAUCAUCCACAUACGAAUAUGUGGAUAAAGCGAGCGAGAUCAAAAGGAAUCGCGGGAACUCUUUUUACCCAUCGGGAUACAUCAAACAGCAAUUGCUAUUCGAUUUUUUCAAUUACGCCGGCAUCCAUAGAAACGUUUACCUGAUCAAGGUGCGUCGGUCUUACAUAGCCGAUGUGUCAGUCAAAACGGUUGCCGCUAGGGUAUUUAUGGAAAAAAUCAAGAGGCUCGAGGACGAUGGGCCCAAAUGGGUUUACGACUACGAUGUCGUUGACGGACUUGAUAUGGGAUCUAGAAAUGUUAGUUCCGCUCGGAUCGAUUUCGAUGUUACCGUAAAUGGGAUCAGUGAGGAAGAGCUGAAAACGUACGAUUGGACUUGCACCAUCGCUAUAAGGGGAGAUCCCGAAAAGUCUAGCUCGUCUAAGUACCUCGACCCAAUCUUAGUGAACUUAUCGCGUUACCGCACCCAUCCAAAUGACCUAGAUAGGCAGGAUGAUGGAUUCCAAUCUGUAUUUUUCAAGCAAACGGUUUUGUUGGAAGACGUUCAAUUUUGGUGGCCUCAGUCUAUGAUCCCGGACUUGGCCCCUGGCUUCUUGUACACCGCUAGAGUGACCUUGAUGAGAGCCCUCAGGGUUCCUUCCAACGGUAUCCAUUUAGGCGAAGAGAACCGAGUUGUGAUGGACGUGUACACGCAACCUUUCGGUGUCAGAAGCCUAGAAAUUAAAUCCAAACCCCGCUUCGUAAAGGGCACAAUUGAUGAAGCCCUGAUCGGUUCCGAAAACGGAACUCAUCGUAAUGAUACGCUCGAUAGUUCUAAAUCAUCGCCCCCUAAAACGCGUUUCCUGGUGAACGGUCUCCCAUUUUACUUUCGAGGAUUCGGCUGGCACGAGGAUUCACCCAUAAGAGGGCGCGGUCACGACCCGGUUUACACUGUGUCCGAUUUCGAUAAAAUAUCUUGGCUGGGUGCUAACUCAUUUCGGACCUCUCAUUACCCUUACGAUGAGAGCGUAAUGGACAUGUGUGAUCGCAUGGGGAUUGUGGUUAUCAACGAAUUGCCAGCUGUAGGUGUCCGGUAUUUCAACGAUAAAACCCUGGCCCUUCACACCCAAAUGGCGAAAGAGCUAUACAGUCGAGACAAGAACAGACCGUCCACUUUCCUCUGGUCUUUGGCUAACGAACCCCGUUCCGCUCUCAAUGAGAGCAAGAAUUAUUUUAAGAGUCUAUCGGAUCUUUUUCACAUUCUAGAUCCCCGAAGGUUCGUUACAGCGGCCAUUUACGAACCAACCGGAAGGGAUUUGAUAGGCAAGUAUCUGGACGUAAUUUGCUUUAAUAGGUACCACGGGUGGUACGAAGACACGGGCGAAUUGGAACUCAUCACGCCUCAAAUGACCGUCGAUAUAAAUUCUUAUGGAAACGUGUACGCGAAACCUAUUAUCAUCACGGAGUACGGGAGCGAAACGAUCCCAGGAUACCAUUCCAAUCCUCCUUUAGUGUUUUCCGAGGAGUUUCAAGUCGAGUUCAUCAAAAGGUAUCAUCGUUCUUUCGACAAAUUUCGCAAUUACAAACCAAAAUUUACUAAUAACCAUUUUAACCUCCAUCAACUUUCGAACAAUGCCGUCUUUAAACACGAUACUGAAGUUAUCCUGAUUAACAGGGUUGAUGAUUACACAUUUGGGGCUAAGUACCAUAUGCCCGAUGUAUCUGUAGAUAAUUCUAAUGGAUUGGCUGAAUGUUUUGAAAAAUCAAAUUUGAUAGAUGAACCCGAAGCUCAACAUUCCAAUUUGGUGGGGGAGAUGAUUUGGAACUUUGCCGAUUUCGAGACCGAUCAAACUAUAACGAGGGUCGGAGGUAACAGGAAAGGAAUUUUCACGAGGGAUUCUAGGAGCCCCAAGAUGGCCAGCCAUACCCUGAGAAAGAGGUAUUGGAGCAUCGCCAAGGAAGACCAAGACAAAAUUAUCGCAAUUUUAUCAGGGGGGUGAUUUAAUCUUUAAUAAAUUUUAUAUAAUUCCUUCAAUUUGGUUAGUUAUAUUUUUAUAUAAACUUGUUUUAAUAUAAAAACAAUCAUUUAUUUUUUAAGAAACUAAUUAUGAAAUAAGAAAUUUAAUUUUUUAAAAAAAAUUGAUAAUAAUCUGAGAAAGUGAUGAUUUAUAUUCUUUGUAAACCACGGGUUGAAAUGACUUUCCUCCUCGUCUUUAGGAGAAAUUUUCAAUUAUAUACAAUAAAAUUAUUCAAUAUUAGCCAUCUUUAUAAUUAUAAGAUUUAAUUAUAUUGUUAUCACACUAGUCAUGGCUCAUAAAGGAAAUUUGUAUUCGAUGUCA